AACGAUAUCAUCUUUCUCUCUCCCUUCAUACACCAUGGGCGCUGAUUUUCGGAAGGGGAAGAAAAUAACCAUUUUGAGUAUCGACGGAGGUGGCAUUCGAGGCAUCAUUCCCGGAACCAUUCUAGCUUUUCUCGAGUCUAAGCUUCAGGAAUUGGAUGGCCCAGAUGCGAGAAUUGCAGAUUACUUCGACGUAAUUGCGGGUACGAGCACCGGUGGCUUAGUUACCUCGAUGCUUACGGCUCCCGACAAGAACAAUCGUCCAUUGUAUGCAGCCAAAGAUCUUACCAGCUUCUACACAGAGCAUGCACCAAAAAUCUUCCCCCAGAGAAACCAUUUCUUGAGCUCAGCGGUGAAUUUGUUUGGGAAAGUGAUGGGCCCAAAGUACGACGGGAAGUACUUGAGAGAGUUGAUAAAGGAUUUGCUUGGAGAUAUAAGGCUUAAGCAAACAUUGACACAAAUCAUUAUUCCUGCCUUCGAUAUUAAGCUUCUUCAGCCUGUGAUUUUCACUACCAUUGAUGCUAAAUGGGAUGAGCUGAAGAAUCCCAAACUGGCAGAUGUUUGUAUCAGUACCUCUGCUGCUCCUACUUUCCUACCAGGGCAUGAAUUUGAAACUAUGGAUUCCAACGGAAAUGUUCGUAAAUUUGAUAUGGUUGACGGGGGCGUCGCAGCCAAUAAUCCAACGUUAGCUGCGAUGACUCAUGUGACAAAAGAGAUGAGCAUGUUGAGACGAAGAAGUGAACUUAUGAAGAUAAAACCGAUGGAAGCAAAAAGGAUGCUGAUUCUUUCAUUGGGUACUGGCGUUCCUAAAAACGACGAGAAGUACAGUGCCGCCGUAUCUUCCAAAUGGGGUAUGCUUGGUUGGAUCUACAACGGCGGAUCAACUCCCAUAAUCGACAUCUUUAGUGAUGCAAGCUCUGAUAUGGUGGACUAUCAUAUUUCCAGCAUCUUCCAGUGCGAGAAACAUCAUAGGAAUUACCUUCGUAUUCAGAACGACACGCUGACCGGCGAUGUAUCGUCGGUGGAUAUUGCAACCUGAGAGAAUUUACUGAAGCUGAUGGAGGUGGGAGAGAGGUUGCUGAAAAAGCCAUUGUCGAGGGUAAAUUUGGAAUCUGGAAAGUUUGAGCCUCUUGAUGGGGAAGGUACCAAUGAAGAAGCCCUCGCUGAAUUUGCUAAGAUGCUGUCGGAAGAGAGAAAAUUACGAUUGAGCCCUUGAGUUCCAAGAUUCUUCUUGUUCAUCGUUCCACAAUAAAUUGUAAGGGUAUCCAAGUUCAU